AAGUCGUCCAGGUAAAGGAAGGGAUGUAGCAAUGUACGAAGAACUGCUUUUUACUUUCUCGCUACAACUUGACUCAUCAUCAUCAUCAUCUCAUUUUUUUAAUCCAAGGGUCCUAUUUAUUCAUCAUCAGAUUUUAAUCCAAGGGUCCUAUUUGUUCCCUCUCCUAGAAGUAUGUAAUAUGUGCUGCGCCGUCGUGUAGGUUGGUAUUCAACGUAAACUCAAGCCUCAUGUCGUCCAGCAUCAUGUCCUGAGUAUUUUCUAUUCCUACCCCUAUCCUCCUCGCUAACAAGCGUCGAAGUCUCGAUCCGUGAGCAGAGCCGCACUGACGAAUUCGAUCCCGGCUACGCCAGAUGUAAGUCCAGGACCUAUGCAGCGGAGACAUCAUGGCCUUGGCAAUAAUUUCUUAGGCAGCGGACAGCUGUUGAUUGAUCCACUAGUGGAUCCCGUUGGAGGUCCUGCAUCAGGUGCUGCAAGUACAAUGCAGCAACCUUUCUUGCCUCCAGGUCCAGCUGUACAACAGCAUUCCCCAACAUCUUCUACAAUGUACAACCCAGGACAGCCUUACCAAGCGAUGCCUCCACAACAAAACUUUGGCGCCGGUGGACUUCAUCCUCAUCUUCAACUAGGAUUAGAUCAACAGCGUGGUCAGAACUUUUACCCUCCUGCGGGUACUCCGAUGAACAUGACAAUGACAGGAGAUCUCUCGAUGUUGACCGGUCCUGGAGGAGACCUUUCACCUUCAACAAGUAUGCUGACAGGAGACCAGGGAAGUCCCACAGCUGCUCCAAUUGGGAUUAUCCACCAUAGCACAGUGUUGCGCACACCUCAAGGCAAUGAAGUCACAGUCAUCGAACCGACUAUAUUCGAAUUAGGUAUAAAAGUAGUGAAAAUAUUUUAAUUUCUAGUUGUGGUAGAAGUGGUUCGAUUUUUAUACCAAUUCGCUGUUUGAAGAGAUAGAAAGAUCUUGGUCUUCUUCGGUUGUUCAAAAGAUUAAUACUAAUUCGCUGUUACUUACACAUACACUCUCCUCGUCAUCUCAUCUCGAUCUCUCAUAGUUUCGAUCUCUUGAAGUGUGUGCGAGCAUGCUCAAACAAAAAAAGUCAUUCUUCUCGUUCCUGACCUCUUCAACAGCUGAUCAACAAUCGCCCGCGCAGCAAGUAGGGCACACCUACUACCCACUCGGCGGAACCACAACACCAAGUGCCACUGGAAGUGAAUUCAAUUUUCCUGCUUCGCAAUGUCAAACUCCAGCCACUGCAUCAACUGCGGGAGAUGUGGUACUCUACUUUAUUAAUGUAGUGUGUGAGGCUGAGCCUCCUGACUGAGGAGGAAUGGUAUUUAACUCCAUAAACCUAAACGAACCAGUCUCAUCUCUACUACCUACCUUCUACUUACCCCUAAAACCAGGUUCACACACCUGGAGGCUUUGCUUUGCAGCCUUCGUUUAAUCAAGAUGGGAGUGCAACCGAGCAGGAACUUCGCUUGCAACUCUUGAACGAGCAGCUUCGGAGACAAGAACUCGAGCAACAAGUGAAAAAACUCCGUCAGCAAAAUCAAAAUGCAAACGAUGCUAUUUCGACCAGAGCGCAGCGACAACAGUUAAGCCAUUCAUCGUCUCAAUAAACUAAGUACAUUAUGUCUCGUUACAAGCUCCUGGCUAUAGGCACAUACUGAUAAUUCUCCUAGAUGAAGUUCUCUCUCUUUUGCAAAUAUUAAAUCAAUGAACUCAACAUCAUAAAACUGGGCAAGAAGAUCGACAACAUCUCGUCUAAGACAGCACGAAAGCGACCUGGGUCAUGACGGCGAAGAUGCAACGCAGGGUUCCUCUUUAUCUGCAAGCACGUGGAUUACUGUGCCUCGUUACGCAUGCAUCGGAUCGGGAAGGUCGACUUAUUACUCUGCAGCAGUGGAUGAUUAUGAUCCAACUACAUUCAUCAAGGCUACUCUUCCUCCUCGUCAGUAUCUCGGUUAUAAUUCUGAUCAGUUCCUUGCUACUUAUUUCAGUUUUUCGAUUAGAGGGAAUUCAUCUACCUAAUAAGAAAGUACUACUUGUGCUAUCAUCACCUACAAGAACGAGGCCUACGAGACCACCUUCAACCCAGUGCGGACACAAACCUUCUAAUCCGCACCAAUCGCGGAAGGAAGUGCCGCUCCACGUUACAAUAGUUGCGGGCCUAGCUGGUCCAUUUCUCGGAAGGUCGUCACACGAAUGGACUCUGUAAAAUCCA